UGAACUGCCAGACCCAGCGACUGAUGUCUGGAGGGCUUGGAGAGCCCUCUCCUGUAUCUCAUCCGUCUCCAAAGCACCAACCAAUGGGUUCUCCACGCCACCAGGCACUGACCAGUCAGCAGCCUGCUCAGCAGCCACCCUUCCAAAAAUUGACCAGUCAGCAGCAGGAAGGGCCGAGACCGAUGCAGCCGCAGCAGCAGAAGCCCCAGACAGGCCUGGGGAGCGGACCUUUCGCCUCAACUGCAGCGAAGCAACCUGGGGACACGAAGGCCCCUGUCCAGGCAACACCUACACCUGCAAUCGAGCCCCUGAAACAACCAAAGGCCAAGGAAGAGACUAUGCCAAAACCAGAGGAGUUGGUGGAACCCACCAUAGACACCAAACCUACUCAGAAGAAGGGAGAGCCAAUCACACCAAUAAAAGAGAUAAAGAAGUCAAGAUAUGAUGAGACCAAGAACAGCACUCAGGACCUGUCGCGGAGUCCCCAGAGCCUGAGUGACACGGGCUACUCCUCCGACGGCAUCUCCAGCUCCCACAGCGAGAUCAUCGGCCUCAUCCAGGAGGAGGAGAUGAAGCUGAGCGAGAGGGGCAUCAGCGGGCGUGGCAGCCCCCCCAGCCCCUCCGAGAUCACCAAGCUGGAGAGCUCCAUGAGGCCCCUGCUCGAGUCCAAGGCCCUGCCGGUCGAGGAGAGGGAGCGCGAAAGGGGCAGAGGCAGGCACCACCGAGAGCAGAGACCCCGGUCGCUGUCCAUCACCCCGGAGGCCUAUGACUCUGACGAGGAGCUGGAGGACAUUGUGGAGGAGGAGGAGGACGGAGGGGACUGGGAGUCCAAACGGGAGCACAAGAGCAGUGCCGCUCCCAAGGAGGAGAAGAACGUGGCCGAGCCGGAGCCGAUGACAGAUGAGGAGUUCAUGAGGAGGCAGAUCAUAGAGAUGAGUGCUGACGAGGACAACGAGGAAGAGGAGGAAGACAUGGAGGAGGAGGACGAGGAGGACGAAGGCUACGGCUACCAAAAACAACAAAAAACACUCAAGCACAUCUCAGAGUUGACGAAAGAGAAGCGCCGCCUCUCUCACCAGUCCAGUAGCUUCGAGGAGGACACCAAAAGCUCCAGCGACAUCUACAAAUGUUCUGCGGAGGAAGGAGAGGAGGGGGGCCUGGGGGGCCUGCGCCGCUUCAAGACAAUCGAGCUCAACAACACAAACAGCUACAGCCGCGACAUGGAGCUCAACAACGAGAACGACCUCAGCCUGGAUCGAGAGCCCGAGCUGGAGAUGGAGAGCCUGACGGGGUCUCCCGAGGAGCGCUCCAGGGGCGAGUACUCCUCCACCCUGCCACCCACCACCUCCAGCUACAACUCUGGCACCUCCCCCACCUCCAUCUCCUCAAUGGAGGAAGACAGCGACAGCAGUCCCAGUCGCAGGCAGAGACUGGAGGACGCCAAGCAGCAGAGGAAGGCCCGCCACCGCUCCCACGGCCCCCUGCUGCCCACCAUUGAGGACUCCUCGGAGGAGGACGAGCUGAGGGAGGAGGAGGAGCUGCUGCGGGAGCAGGAGAAGAUGAGGGACCUGGAGCAACAGAGGAUCCGCAGCACGGCCAGGAAGACCAAAAGAGAUAAGGAGGAGCUGAGGGCCCAGAGACGCAGGGAGAGGUCCAAGACGCCCCCCAGCAACCUCUCCCCCAUCGAGGACGCCUCCCCUACUGAGGAGCUGCGACAAGCUGCGGAGAUGGAGGAGCUCCACCGAUCCUCUGCCUCGGAAUACUCCCCCCAGAGCCUUGACUCAGAGGCUGAGGGAUACGAGUCUAAACUCUACAAGUCUGGCAGCGAGUAUAACUUGCCCACGUUCAUGUCUCUGUACUCUCCUACUGAGAAGUCGUCGACGACCUCGACCACCACCGCGCCCUCCAGCAGCAAGCCCCUGAAGAGUGCUGAGGAGGUGUAUGAGGAAAUGAUGAGGAAAGCAGAGUUGCUGCAGAAACAACAGAAACAGCAACAGCAGCAACAAGGGAGACACAACAGUGCAUACGAGGACGACACGAAUGGCCAACAGAAUGAAGAUGUGUAUGAGUACGAGCAGGCCGAGACUAGUUACGAAAACGAGGCGGCAGAGACAGGAGACAUCUACGAAGAGAUCCGCCAGACAUCCCAGAACAUCACUAAGAUGCACCAGUCCUCGGCCCUGGAGUUACAGCAGCAGGCAGACGAGCAGGUGGAAAUAGACGACAGCACCUAUCCAGAUAAGCAGCUUUUAGAUACUGGGUCAGCCUUCGCUAAGCUGCUUGAGCAGACCAAUGACCUAUUGACUCCUGGCAACAGCCCCACUCAGCUCUCUGCACCUGUGUCCUUCUCUGAGACCGGAGGAAGGAUCCCUGAUGUACGGGUGACACAACACUACUCCAAAGAUGUCCAUAAAGCCGGGAUGAAGAGCCAGACGGGUAAAAAUGGCAUUACUCCAGUGGUGGCCGCCACCACAAUAGCAGCCUACGGGGUUUAUUCCCGGGAUGCGGUGACCAUCUCUCAGACAAGCGUUAGUCAAACGAUGACGACCACCCAAUCCAUUAUGUAUGGUCGGCAAACUGGAGGACCUGCCACUUCAACCACAACCGUCUCAAAUGUGUGCAGCAAGAUAGCGGAGAUAACACAGGCAUACAGCCAGAGAGAGAUGGUUGCGAGGAGGGUGGGCGAGAGCCGAGGGGUCCAAGCCAGAGACAGUGCGACAUCCUCAGAGCACGUCAUAGAGCCCCGCUCGCCAAAGAUGUACUCGUACUACAAGAGCUCCAGCCCCCCUCUGUCUCCCUCUGCCUCACCCACUGAGAGCCCAACUCUUUCCCCCUCCAGGAGGGCCGAGAUCUCCACCCAGACGUUCAGCCCAGGCAUAGGGGCUCUGUCAGCUGGCUCGGGGCCCACCUCCCCAGUGAUGGCCCAGGGGACACAGACAUCUCAAAGGGCCGUAUCCCCACGUCUAUUCAGACAGCAAUCCUCCCAGCACGCCCUCUACAUGGGCGCAGAGCCCACAAGCCCUGCCAAACCAAUGACGGUCAACAUGGCCACGUCACCUUUAUCCUCGCCCACCAGAUUCAUCCGACAGUCGACGUUUGACAGCUACUCUUCACAGGCCAGUCCGCCUGACACCCCUCCGUACCACCAGUCUCCUCAGCACAGCUUCUAUAGGACGCAGAAGGUGGAGAAGGUCAGUGUUGGCACCAGCAUGGUCACCACAGCUAGCACCUACAGCUGUGGUUCGAUGUCUAUGGACAACAUCUCUCUCUGCAGGAUCUCCAGCAUCCCGGGGACCUCGAGAGUGGAGCCGGGCCAGAUGAUCCAUGGUGGGAGUGUGGUGGAUCUGAGAACAGUAGAUCUGAGAACAGCCACUAACGCAGCUCCCAUUAUCAUGACUGCGCAUGGCAUGGAUCUUACCUCCCUGGCCACAGAAACACGCAAAUCCACCAGCGGGCCCGAGGGGAGCCACCCCUCCACUGUCAUCCAGCCCCUCAUCAUGAACCUGAACACCCAGCAUCACCCCCACGUAAUGGUAUCCACCGCAACCACGGUGAGCGUCACGGUGGCCGCCUCCAUGUUCAUAUCACAACCCCAACAGCCCAUGGUCUAUGGGGACCCUCUACAAAACAGAGUUGAUCUCGGCCAGGGCAUGGGCUCAGCCAUGUGCCUUUCACAGAACAAACCACCGCCUAUUGACCCGUCUAUCCCCAAGAUCGACGCUAAGCUGGAGGACCUGAGCAUCCAGCAGCAGCAGCUUUUCCAGCAGCAGCAGAAGCUUCAACAGCAGCAGCAUCUCUUGGAGCAACAGCUCCAGCAACACCACCAGAUGCAGCAGCAGUCCUCUGUAGCUCGGUACAACCUACCAGGCCAGAUGACUCUGCUCAAGAAAGACCUUCUGGUCAGCCAAACCAGCAAUGCCCCAGCCAUGGUCAGCGCUAUAUCCCCUGCCGUUGCCCCUGAUAUCUACGGCACUGGAGGUCCCCUGGAGCUGAAGAGCAAACCAACCCCGGCAGGUGUGAUGAACCUGGCUGGGGGUGGGCCUCAUGGCAUGAUGAUCCAAAUGGAGGGAGCCCCACAGGGAGGACCAGUGACCCAGCUGGUGAAGACAGAGGAGGGCCAGGAUGCCGUGGACUUCACAGGGGGGCAGAUCAAAGCUGAGAACCAACCAGCUUGCUGUGAUGUAGUGUACCGCCUCCCAUUCGGAGGUAGCUGCGUUGGCGGACCGUUCUCCCAAAAGCCAAAUGUUGAUGAGAAAGUGGCCACUCAAGAGCCAAGACCACACUCUGUGCCACCACUCUCUUACGAGUCAGACCAGGAGGGCCAGUAUCAGGAGUUUUCUAUGGACGGGCGUAAAGCCUACACACUACCGUUCCCUGGUCGGCUACAGCCCUCGAUGUCUGACACCAACCUAGCAGAAGCCGGACUCCAGUCCUACCACUCCAAGAUGGACCCACACAUCCAGACCUCUGCAGAGCUGGCCGUGGACCUCAGCACCAUGAAACACGCCUAUGAGGGAGGUUUCCUGGGACUGGGCAUGCAGUAUGGCUCCUACACUGACCUACGCCAUGGAGGUGACAUCACUGCUACUGCCCUGCCCAUACGCAGAUUCAACUCUCUGUCAAACAUCAGCUCAGACUACGGCUACUCGCCCCGAGACCUCGCUAACUUCCAGGAGUCCAACCUGGCCCAGUACAGUGCCACCACCGCCAGAGAGAUCAGCCGAAUGUGUGCUGCCCUCAACUCAAUGGACCGUUAUGGGAGCAACCCGGAGCUCAUGCAGUACGGUGUAGGCAGAGGAACUGGUCCAGGUGGCAGGCUGAACUCUAUGAGACAAAAUAUGCUCUACGGACCUGACGGGAAGCCAAUCUCUCACACCCAAGCGCUCACCAACAUGAUCAAUGCCAGGCAAGCCAGCCUCCGAGCCAUGUACCCGUCUGCCAUGAGGUCUGCCGAUGGGAUGACCUAUUCUACCAUCAACACACCCAUCGCCUCCACCUUGCCAAUCACUACCCAGCCUGCCUCAGUGCUGCGCCCGCUACUAAAUGGAGUGUACAGGCCUUUACCCACAGCCAAUAUGACACCUGUGCCUCUGGCCAGCCUCACCAGGAUGCCUGUGAACCCACGGAUGCCUAUGUCUGGACAGGCCCCAUACCGUUAUCCGGCUCCCAACGUCUUCCCAUCUACCACGUCGGCCCCUGUGAGCAUGCAUGCCACCAUCACCACCACCCAGGAUGCCCCAAUCUACCUAGGGAAGCCCUCUGUGACAUCAAGUGGAUCUGAUCCACCGUCUCAAUCUACCGUUGCCCAUACAUCAGCCUCGGUCAGCUUGCCAAUGGAGCCCGAGCAGCAUCCCAUGAACCUGACCCAGGCUCACCUCCACACUCAGGCCCCAGGGCAGCCCCAGGUCCAGCCUCAGAGCCAGCCCCCAGCCCAGCCCCAGCACAUGCAACCUCAAUUCCACCCUCAGGGCCAGCAUCCACCCCAGAGCCAGCCCCCUCCAGCCCACGCUUACCCCUCAACACAAAGCUACGCUGGGCCCCAGAGCAGCACCCAACCCCAUCACCCAACCCCACCCUCCAGCGGCCCUGUCAACCCAGAGACCGAGUCUGAGGAGGAGAGGAUGCACCGCCAACAGGAGCAGCUUCUGCAAAUGGAGCGGGAGCGCGUGGAGUUGGAGAAGCUGCGUCAGCUGCGUCUGCAGGAGGAGCUGGAGAGGGAGCGCAUGGAGCUGCAGCGGCACCGUGAGAAGGAGCAGAUGCUGGUGCACAGGGAGAUCCAGGAGCUGCAGACCAUCAAGGAGCAGGUCCUGCAGCAGCAGCAGGCUGAGAGGGAGAACCAGCUGGUGAUGCAGAAGGAGCAGUUGGCCCAGCAGAAAGCCCAGCUUGACCAGAUCCAGUCGCUGCAGCAGCAGCUCCAGCAGCAGCUUGAGGAGCAGAAGAGGCAGAAGACUGCUGCAGCUGUCGCUGCUGCAGCCACCGCAGCCGCUCAGUUGGACCAGAGCGGCCAGACGCUGCAGCCCUACGGAGACCAAGUGGGCUUCAGGUCCCUGCCCAACUCCUCCUCAGACAUGUGUCUAAGGAACAACGAGGAGCAGAUGGAGACCAGGACCAACAUGAGAAAGCAGAACUCCACCUCCAUGCCCCGACUGAGAGAUGGAAUGGAGGGCGAGAGUGUCGAGUUCUACGGAGCCCGGAGGAUCGUGGACAGCUGCGUCCAGACAGACGACGAGGAGGGCGAGGAGAGGUACAUCAUGUCCAGGCGCAGACGCAACAGGCGCAGCGUAGACCGCAGCGUCCAGACUGACGAUGAUGAGGAGAAAGUGGAGUGGGAGCAGCCUGUGAGGCGCAGACGCUCACGCUUCUCCAGGCACUCGGAUCCCGGGGCCGACCACAAGACUGACGCAGCCUCCAAGACAGCCGCCUCAUCCAGCAUCGCCAUCCAGACCAUCCGAGACUGCUCCUGCCAGACCGAAACAGACCAGCUGGGGAAGGUGUCCCCGGCCAUCCACGUCACCGUGCCAGACCCGAACAAAGUGGAAAUCGUCCACUAUAUCUCAGGCCCUGAAAGGACCCAGAAGGGUCAAAGCCUAGCCUGCCAAACAGACGUGGAGGUCCAGUCUCAGGGCGUGGUGGUGCCACAGCUCAGCGUGCCCACCACCGUCAGCCCCUACUCCACGGGCAUCCAGCUGGUGGGCUCCGCUGACCCGCGGCAGCAGCAGAACAGGAGGAGGUCUGACCCCAUGGAGAUCAGCUACCAGACCCAGACCCAGCCCAUGAACCACCUCCACAAUGAGUCCCUCUCCAGCCUGAUCCGUCAGCCCCCCAAGUCCCCCCAGGUGCUCUACUCCCCUGUGUCCCCCGUCUCCCCCCACCGCCUGCUGGAGACCUCCCUCUCCAGCGGCGGGCUGAACAAGGCCCAUGUCACUCCCCAGCAGAAGGCCUACACAGCCGAGUCACCCCAGCGCCACCCCAGCAUGCCCCGCCCUAUUAAGAACACGCAGAGGUCCAUGUCCGACCCCAAGUUGCUGAGCCCCACCACUGACGAGCACACUAAGGCCAGGCUAAACCUGUACCAGCAGCAAGCUCUUCAGAGCCAGCUCGCCGCCCUGCAGCAGAGCGCCCUGAGGAAGGUGAAGAGGACCCUGCCCAGCCCGCCUCCAGAGGAGAGCCACCUCCCCAUUAUCACCCCGGCCCUCCCCCAAAUGUACAUGCCCGCUGUGCCCUCCCUGAGGGCCGGGUCCAGGCCAGGUCUGGCAGCCAAAGCCAGCCUGCUGAAGGACCUCACCCACGAACUGAAGGCCGUGGAGCAGGAGUCCACCAAGCUCCGCAAGCAGCAGCAGGAGCUGGAGGAGGAGGAGAAGGAGAUUGAUGCCAAGCUGCGCUACCUGGAACUGGGCAUUCAUCAGCGCAAAGAGACCCUGGUGAAGGAGAGGGAGAGGAGGGAUAUGGCCUACCUGCGCUGCAUGGGCGACCCGCGAGACUACAUGUCAGACAGUGAACUGAAUAACCUACGGCUGGCGGCAGCGGUAGCUUCCUACGAGAGCAACGGGGUGUUGACCAGACCCAGCACAGCACCACUGAGCCAGUUCACCAGCGACCUCAACACAGCCGCCCAGUUCCCUCCCACCUCCUCCUUCAUCUCCUACCAGUCCUACCACCCCCAGAGCCAGCCAGCUCCAGCACCCCAGCCUGGCACCCCUUACCAGACCGCAGCCUUCAACCAGCCCCCCUACCCUUCAGUGGCCCAGGCAGCAGCUCUUCCCCAGCCCACCCCCCUGCAGACCCAACAUCUUCCCCCAUCCUACCAGACCCAGGGGUCCUUCCCCUCCCACACAUACCCCCAGAGCCAGCCCCCCUACCCGACAGAGCAGGGGGUGCAGCCACUGCUCCAGCAACAGCAACAGCCAAGCCACCAGGGGUUCCAGCCUGCCCAGCCUGCCCAGCCUGGCCAACCUCCCUACCCCACCCACACCUCUCCAUACCCCAGCCAGGUGUCCUACCCAGCUGGCCCUAGCCAGACCACUCCCUACCAGCCCCAGGCAGACAUCCUCACUGUUCACCAGAGACCCAGACAGACCUCUCUGGCUGACCUGGAGCACAAGAUGCCCACUAACUAUGAGGUUAUAAGCAACCCCACUGUAGUGGUGACCACCACGGCCCAAGAUGCCAUCUACUCCUCCUCCAGUGGGGCGCCCCUGUAUGGACAGUAUACUGGUGGUACCACUAUGGCCAACACUUAUGGGCCGUACUCUUCUACAGUCUCCAGUACAUAUGGCCAGUACACGACGACAGUUGCCAACACAUACGGGCAGCAGUACACUUCCACCCCGGCCAGUACGUACGGCCAGUAUACCACUACCACAGCUAACACCUACGGCUACACCACCACUACAGCCAGCUCCUACGGCCAGUACACCGCUACAGUGGCCAACAGCUACGGCCACGGCACUCCAUCUGACCGUCUGCACUCGGUUGACAGCCUGUCCACCUAUGCACAGGACGGUCUCUACGGCCCCGCCAGCCUGGAGCAGAACAUUCCAAGGAACUACGUCAUGUGCGACGACAUCAGUGAGCUGACCAAGGACGGCCUGGGUGGCAUGGCGGCGGACAUGCACCGAAGCGACGGUCACGGUGGACGCUACAUGGGGGAGAGCGGCCCGGCGAGAGGAGGGAGUUCCUACGGCAGGCCGGAGGACGAGCUGACCAGGGAGGAAGAUUUGUACGACCACCAUGGCAGGGGUAAGAGCAGCUACCACCCACGAGGGUCAGACACAUACGGCCGAGUAGUGGGCAGCAGCAGCACUAGCAUGGGUGGGGGAUCCUCCUAUUACUAUGAUGACUACACCAAACACGGCACACAGCGCACCGGAGUCCAGAAGCACGCCUCCAAGAGCCUGGCUCCGGCCGUCAUGUCCACCAAGCGCAGCAAGCACCGCAAGCAAGGCAUGGAGCAGAAGAUCUCCAAGUUCUCUCCCAUCGAGGAGGCACGCGACGUGGAGGCUGACCUGGCCUCCUACACCAUGAGCAUGUCGGGCGGUGGCAGCUGCACCGUUGUGUCGCGGGCCAGGAAGCUGCAGGACGACAUGGCCUACGGCCUGAGGAAGAGCUCCUAUGAACAGAAGAGAUACUCCUAUCCCGAAGAGGACGAGCGCAUGUACUACACCUCGGGCCGUUCACGCUCCACAGGCUAUGGCAUGGACAAGAUCUCAUCCCGGGACUAUGCCGGCUACCGCAGCCGCUCCUACGAGAGAGAUGGGGACAGGGAUCGCUCGUCGUACAGGGCGGGAUAUAGCCGGGGCAGACCCCCCAUGCGCUCCCAGUAUUCGGAGGAGGAGAGCCCGCUCAGUUCCAUGGGUGUUCAUGUGAGGGCCUCCUCCCUGGGCCCAGAGCUGUACGACAGCCGUAGUAGUCAGUAUUAUGGCCAGUACGGCUCCAGCCACUCCCUGCCUGACGUGCAGGACCACAUGAGAGACUUGCCCCGGACACACGUCUACAAACCAGACGAUUCUUACAUUAUAGACGAUAUGCAUUGCGCUGUUUCGGACAGCGAAGCCUACAAUCUUGGCCAAGAGGAGACAGACUGGUUUGAGAAGCCCAGGGACCUGCGCUCCGGCUCCCGCCACUACGGCAGUGGUGGCCACUCCUCGUCCGGCCGCAGCCGCCACAUCAAGCACAGCUACCACGACUACGAUGAGCCCCCAGAGGAGGACCUGUGGCCCCAGGACGAGUAUGGCCAAACCCGUCACUCUUCCUCCUCACGGGACCACCGCCCCCAUGGCAGCGGCAGCUCCGGGAGACACUCCUCGUCCCGCCACUUGGACGAGCCCCGCUCCUCUCGGUCCUCCAAGGGCCAUCCCAAAGACCCGUCCAUGCGCCACGACUCCCGCCAGUUGUCCUCGUCAGGAAAGAGGGGCGACUCCCGCUCCCAGGGGGGGUACCACUCGUCGGACUACUCCAGGGACCCGUCGGGCCUCCACCACAGCCAGGGCCGCUCCUCCAAGUCCUCAUCCUCCCACGAUGGGCGGACUUCCUCCAGGAAGCAGCAGGACCUCCAGGGCCACCCUUCCUCUUCCUCCAGGGGCCAGGGCAGCUCUGGACGUGGACAGGGCUCCACCAGUGGGCCUCCGGGCUCCAGGGGACAGGGUCCUACCUCCCAGCAGGACGGGCUGCAGCCAGGCCAGCGCACCCAGCUGCAGCAGCAGCCCCAGACCUCGGCGGCACGGCAGACAGGCACCACCCCUGCAGGCACAACUCCUGGGGGCCAGCAGCCUCUGGGCCCGGGCCAAGCCCAGCAGGGUCUACAGGCCAAGCCUGGUCAGCUUGGUCCUGGUCAGGCCAGUCGCCUGCCACAGGCAGGAGGCGCAAUGGGGCAACUGCCACCAACUGCGGCACCUGUCGCAAACACACCCCCUGUGACUGCCAUAGGGGCCAAAGCUGUCAUAGGAGGGGCGGCCCAGCCUGCAAAAACACCUCAACCCCCACUCACAGGAAUAGGCUCCAAGGCUGCCCCUAGACCCGGUGGCAUCGGGAGUGCAGCAGCAGGGCAACCUGGGAUGGAGGGGGAGAGUCUCCUCUCCAAGGUCCUGCCAGGAAACCCUGCGGAGGCGGCAGGAAAACUAGGAGAAGCUAUCUCCGGUUUUGGCAAGAAGUUCACCUCGUUGUGGUGAGGUGUUGAGAUGAGGGUGUCUGUAAAUGUUAUGGAGGAUGUCGUGAGGCUUCGUACCAGAAAAACCUAGGAAGACCCCCGCUUUGUGAGAGAGAGAGAGGAAGGGAGAAAUACAGCAACCAAGAGAAGAUAUCUGAGCGCACUGCCAAUGAGGACAUGAAUCAAUGGAUGCUGCAUGUCCCAGGCCUACGCACACGAUGGCAGAGAAACAAUGCUGAUUUCUCUGGCCGGCCAGACAAAUGGUUUGAGGCCCCCAGACUGCAAUGCCCCCAGCCAAAGAACCAGGACACUGACACCCGAGCCCCCCAGAACACCUAAGCCAUCGG